AUGAGAGGUAAAAGAGGAGGAGCUAAUGCUAAUUUCUUUCAAUAAGCAAAUACUUAAGCCAAAGGUGGGACAUUUUUAGAGGGCGCUUUGAAGAGAGCAAAGCAGAGUGGUACCUUGAUCAUUGCAGACAGGCAAUUGAAAGCUUUCCCAGGGGAAAUUUUGAAUUUUUAGGAGCUAUAGAUCGGAGACAACUGGUGGGAGGGAUUUGACCUUUAGAAAAUCGAUCUCUCAAAUAACGAGAUCACUUCAAUUCCUGAGGAAAUUUCAGCCUAAGAGUUUAUUACUUGGUUCAACAUCUAGAACAAUAAGUUGGAAGAGGUUCCUGCUGGAUUAUUUGCUAUAAAGACUCUCAAGUUCUUAGAUAUAAGCUAUAACAAGUUAAAGAUAAUUCCUGAGUCAAUAGCUGCUUGCCAAGCUUUGGUAGAGCUCCAUAUCGCCGGUAAUAUGCUUACAGAGCUGCCACAUUCAAUAGGGGAUCUUAAGAAUCUAGAGAUAUUAGAUUUAAAAAGAAAUAAGAUUAACUUUUUGCCAGUAGAAUUCGGCUGUCUCACAAGAUUAUUAAAAUUAGAUUUAGAGGAGAACCAGUUGACGAGAGUAGAUAACUUCAUAUCUUCUUUGAAUCAGCUGACUCAUUUGAAUAUGUCAAAGAAUAAGAUCUCAUAAGUAGACUAGGAUGCUUUAGCCAAUCUUACUUUAUUAGUUGAGCUAGAUUUGCACUAGAAUCAAAUGAAGAUAUUUGAUAGUGUCCCUAAGUCUUUCAAGCUAGAUACUCUUACUCUGGCAUACAAUUUUAUAGAGAAAAUAUCAAAUCUUGAUAGAGCCGCUAAUCUAUCAGUACUUGAUCUUCAUAACAAUAAACUAGAGGAAUUCCCUGAAUCCAUUAUUGAUUUGAAAAAUCUAAAGACUCUAAAGGUUUCAAACAAUAAUUUAAGUGACAUAAAUCCAAGAAUUGCUUUACUACCUGUUCUUGUUAGAUUAACAAUAGAAGGUAAUCCUCUGAAAUGUAUCAAGUCUACAAUGAGAAAUGCAGGAGCAGAUUAACUUAAGAAAUACCUUAAAAUGAGAUUAGAAGAUGGAGAAGUCUAGUAAGAAGAAAAUAAGAUUGCUGUCAUUAAGCAUAUGCCUGGUGCUUCUAAGGAAUUUGAUCCCUGGGAUACUUUGUUGAGAGAGUUUAUUAGUAAUAACAGUUUAGACCUAAGAGGCAAAUCUUUAUCAGCGAUUUCUCCAAAGCUUUGGAAUCACACAAAUCUUUUGGUUGUUGAUUUAAGCAAUAAUGCAUUUACAGAGCUUCCUGAAGACAUUCACUUCCUUAAAAAUCUAAAGUAACUAAGAGUACAAAACAAUAAGCUGAAAUAACUACCACUUUCACUACUCUAAAUAUAAAGUCUAUAGUCAAUUGAAUUCGCUAAUAAUUAGCUGCCUAGAUUUUAUGAUGACAGUGUGAAGAGGCAAGAUAUUAACUUGCCAAGUUUGACAUUUUUAUCACUAAAUGGAAACAAUCUUACGUAGAUUCCUCCUAUUCUUAAGUAUCUUCCAAAGCUGCAGCAACUUCAUCUUCACAUGAAUAAGAUUUCAGAUAUUAAAGAACUUUGCCGUAAAGAGUUUUUGAAAUUAGAAGUAUUAGAUCUUGGUAACAACAAACUAAGGGAAGUACCAAUAGCAUUAAUUCAUUUCCUUGAGAAUCUUAAUCUCUUGAAUAUUUAAAACAAUGAUAUCAAUGAUAGAGGAAUUCCAAAUUUAAUUGGAAUUCAUAAGAAUAUUAAGACAAUUCAGCUAGAUGGGAAUCCCUUGAAAAGUAUAAGAAGAGCUAUAAUAGAAAAAGGAACUGAGGCCAUCUUGAAGUAUCUUAGAGAUAAGUACGUUGAAGAAAGAGAUUCUGUAAUUGAAGAUUGGGCGAUUGAGAUGUAACAAGAAAAUGAUUAAUACUCAUCCAAAGACUAUUAAUACUCUAGCUAGCAGUACUCUUAUCAAUAAGACAAUUAUGAUCAGCGAUCUAAACCUCCAUAGAUUAAUCAAUAAGUUGGCAGAUAACUGAACUAAGAUGAAUAUGAAAGGAGAAAGCAAGCUUAACAUCAAUAAUAUGAGGAGUCAAAAUUCUAAACCUAAGACAUUAAUCAAGCUCAAUAAAAUAUGUAAGACCAUAUUUUCCAACAAAAUAUCUAUCAUCAGCAGUAGCAAUCGUACAAUAAUAAUCAUCCAUAGCAAUAACAAUAAUACCCACCUCAAUAUUUGUAGUAGUUUUAGUAAUAAUAGCAACCAUAGCCAGGGUCAUUUUAGUAAUAAUCAAUGUCUCCUUAUCAUCUUCCACCAACUUUUUAACAGCAGCAGUAAUAGCCAAUCUAAAACUAGUAACAAUUUAACUAGAAAUUCUAAGAUCAAGCUAGUAUUGCUUAGACCCAAAAUAAGAUGGGAGACACCAACAUGGAUAUUGGAGCAUCGGCAAAUGUGAGUAUUAAUAACUCUGAGGCAGAGAAAUUAUCUUUGGAUUAACAAGUCAAAGCCUUAUUAAGAGAAAUUGAAACUAACUUUAGCUUAUCUAAAGCUUAGAUCAUGGAAAAGAAAAGACUUAUCAGUAAAUUGCAAGCACAAAGAAGCAAAUUGUGA